AUGAGUGCUCAAGUCGCGCCGUACAAUGACUCUAUGCGCAUUGGCUCUGGGUUCAACUCGUACACCCAGCAGCUGCGCGUCAACGAUGCAGUUAUCAAGGAGAACAAAACCGCUGCGACCGACAAAGACCUCAAGCCGAAAUUGACGGGAAGUGCAGACACAAUCAGCCAGCAGGUCACCUUUACCUCCAAGUUUGUCGACCAUGCCAGUGAGGUUACGGAGGCGAUGAACAUCAGCGGUGCUCUCGAAAUCAAAUAUCAGGGAAUGGGCGCCAAAGCGUCAGGAGCCUACGUCGACUCGUCCAAAGUCAAAGACAGCGACAUCAACUACUUUGUCCAAGUCAAAGUCGUCAACCAGCAACUCAUCGCAGACGACGCCACCAAAUUCAACGUCAUCCCCAACAUCCCCGUCACCGACCAGCAGCGCUUCACCGACGUCUACGGCGACAGCUACGUCUCCGGCUUCCUCGAGGGAGGGGAAUUCAACGCUCUGCUUUCCGUCAAGGUGAAUGACAAGGAAAACACCACUGACAUCAAAGGCGCGCUGGCGGUGAGUCUGGAAAAGGCUGGGUUUGGCAUUUCCGGUGAGGCGGAAGGAGAGUACAAAAAGGCGAAUAUUGCGAAGAACUCAGAGACGACGAUUACUGUAUCCUGGACCGGGGGUGGCGAUAUUCGCGACGAGGAAGACAAGGGCAAAGGAUGGACGAUCGACAGCAUGGCCAAAGCUGCCUUUGGCUUUGCGGAUCGAGUCCGACACACUCCCCAGCGAACGCAUGCCAUCCUCACCAAAUACACGGCGUUGCGGUCCUACCAACUCCUCUCGAACAAGGGCAGUCCGCUCGACUAUGAGAAUGCCGGUGUCUACACCAAUUCCCUGCUAGAGCAUUAUCUCGACUACAAGGAUAUCUGGAAGAAUAUUGGGAUUAUGAGCACCGACUAUGGCCAGGGCAAGACCGACCUUACGGUCACCGUGAUUGCGGAGAAUACUGCAAGAGAUAUUGCAGAUAUGAAAAAGGAUUUCCGGAGCAUUCUGCCCAAAAUCGACGGUAAAGAACAGGAAUUAAAACAUAUUCCAGAAAAAGAAUAUGAUAAUUCGUUGGUUGGGCUGGAGAAAGCCCGGCGGGACUGUCGAUUGCAGAUGAUUCUGAUUGUCAAAGAGGUCGACGCAGUUGCAGAAGAUCCCAAGGUUGCCAUCGAUUUUGAUCGCGUCGGACAAUAUCUCAGUCCGGUGCUCUUUCGCCAACUUCUUCCGGACGUCGAACCUCGACCAACAGAAGAGGAGAUCGAUGAAGAAAGGGAAAGACUUGCGGCGGUGGAGGAUAAGAUGGAUGAGUUACAAGACGAGAUGAAAAGCCUUCGCGAGUCUGUAAAUUCUUCAAGCUCACUGUUUGACACUAAGACCUUUUAUUCACUCACGACAAAAGAAGACGGGCAUGUCUGGAAGAUAUCCCACACACGUAAUGAGCAACACGAAAAGUGUUACAGCUGGAAAUUCACUCAUAAAGGGGACGGUGAAUAUCAGAUUGUGUCUCAGGUAGAUGGCGUAUUAAUCGCAGGUGAAAGCGACGCAACAGCGAUCGGUAUAGGAAACCUUUCUGAUGUCACCGAAGAAAGCGACCCACGUACCCGGUGGUUGGUCAAGAAGAAUGGCAGUACUUUCACGAUCGAGAGUGCAUUCCACCCAGGCUAUGCGCUCAAGUAUGUCACUCACAAAAUUAUUCUUUCGCGGGAGUUGGCUGGGGAGUGGGAUAUAAGCCCAAUAGUGGCAGGAAAACAUGCACACGGAUCAAAUGGAACGGAGAACGGGACCAAUGGGGUAUCUUUUAAAGAGAUACAUGUGCCCUUUAUGAACUGA